AUGGUACCGACUCAAAGAUAUUAUAAAGAAGCUGACGAAUGUGUCGAUUCAUUGAAGCAAAUUCGAAGUCAGAUUGAGGAAGUUGCUUCUUUACUCAGUCAGUCGGAGAAUAACCAAACUAUACAGACUAUGCAGGUAAUGAAAACGGAAACUGUUUCUAAAUUAAAUUGUGUAGUCAGUAAAUUAGCUAAAAUUCAAAAACGGACAUCGGAGGCCACUAAGACUUCAAUUGGAACUGUAAAAAAUAUCGCAAAUCAAGGCAAGAGUUCCGAUUUGCUAAUUACUUUCAGAACACCUGGAAAAAAACGUCCCAGAGCUAAACCAGUUACGAAUAUUGAUAAUUUUGACCAAGAUCAAAUUUUAGCAGAAGCAAACCAUAGCAUAUUGAGAUUACCGCCUUACCAUCCAGACCUCAACCCCAUAGAAAUGGCAUGGGCUACUAGUAAACAAUAUGUAGCUAGCAAAAAUGUUAAAUGGAAUUUACAAGAAUGUACCAAACUUAUCAAAGAAAAAGUAUCCUUAAUGGGUGCCCAGGAAUGGGGAAAAAUAUGUAAAAAGGUAAAAGAUAUAGAAGAAGAGUACGUCAAGAGUGACCAUGUAGUUGAUUUACUUACCGAGCAAUUUAUAAUUCGCGUCGAUGAUAGUUCCGAAGACGAUGAUUCUGAUGAUGGUUAUGAAGAUGAUGAUGAUGACAACUGCAACCGAGGAAGCCCUUAA